GUUCGUAACGGAGCGAAGUCGCGGGCGGUCGCGCGGAAGCGCCGAGGCGGAUGAAUGGUGUAUGACGUGCUUCGGUCGUCUCGUUAGCCGCGCAUACUUUCUAUCUACCGCCGUGUGUGCCUGGUCGUCUCGUGCGACUCCGAACUCGCGUGUCUUCUCCGCUUCGCUCGCCGAAGCUCGCACGAAGAGAGCCAGCCAGCGCGAUACGAUUCGCGCGCGCCGUUACGAUACGAGUCGCGUUCGGGUCGCGCGUGUGCAGAACGCGCGGGUGAGUGUUCGCGCGCGCGCGCGCAAGUGUGUUGAUCGUCUUAUUCUAUCGUCGUAUUCUACUCCACGUUCGCCGUCUUCAGCACAUGGAUUACCAGCGGGCCCGACGACGACGACGACGACGCGGGACGCUCUACUGAACGGAUGCGAGCGCCGUGAUCACCGAGGGACACGUCGCCCUGACGAGACCAUGUGGUCGAGUGUUCGCCGAAACGCCACUCGCUCGCCGCGAAGACACUCGCUGCGCGAGACGCGCCGUUCGUGAUCGCUCGAGUUCCCGCGAGAAGAUCGACGCGCGAUCGACCGAACGAUCCGCCUUGUAAAUGGCCGGUUUGCGGAGCGCCGUCCGGAAUCCGCGAAGACCGCUUCUCCGAGCGAGGAUGUUCUUCACCGACGAGCGGGACUGCGCGGGGCUGCGCGAGAGUUGUUAGGGAAAGGGCACCGUGGACCAGUCUUGCGGGCUAUUAUGACGGACUACUUGGACCCGCAUUUCGUCCGGGCUCUCUGCCGCGAUCCUGAACGACGGACCCUCCAGGACCUGCAGAUCAUCUACUAUGGCCUCCUGGGCCUGGAGGCGCUACGUCCGUGCAGAGACUCCAUCCUCCGCGGGCUCUGCAAAAUCGUGCGUUACGAGCGGCACCAUGCGAACCAUGUUCUCUACUACACCGGCGAGUUGGCCACGAGUUGGUACAUUCUUCUCUCCGGCUCCGUGUUCAUCGAUGGGUCCAUGUUCCUGCCCCGGUCAAGCUUCGGGAAGCGGACGGGUGGCAGCGCCAGGAGACCCAACGAGUGCUUCGUCCUCGAGCCCUCCGAGAUGAUUGUCAUCGACUACCCGGAAGUGCAUGGCGGAGGAAGGAUGCAUCGACCACCGCACCCCCAUCCCAUAACCGACCACCGUCAGGUCAACCUGGUCUUCGAUGACACGUUCUCGCAGGGCCUGACAGGGCGGCCCGAGCUGUACCAGAAGUCAAACAGGAGUAGUCAUUCGAGUGACACCAGUUCAGCGUACAGUGGAUCUGACACCAUGACGUCUGUACAAAGCUCAUUGGACGCGGACCCCGACGAGGUGGACCUCUCGGGUCUCGUAGAGUCAAUCGUCGACAGCGACGAGGAGGAGGAUCUGGCCGAGAGUAUGGACAGUUUAACGGUUCGUGACCCCGUAAGAGAGUGCUUGGAGAAGGACCCGGUGGAGAGAACGGAGGACGACAUAGAGACUCUUUUAGAGUUCACGCAACAGUUGAAGGCUUUUACCAAUAUGACUCUGGCCGUGAGGAGAGCGCUGUGCGCGGUGAUGGUGUUCGCCGUGGUCGAGCGCGCCGGUAUGGUGGUGCUGAACGACGGGGAGGAGCUCGACAGUUGGAGCGUGCUGAUUAACGGUGCCGUCGAGGUGGAGCAGAGCAACGGUGAGAUCCAGCAGCUCUGCCUCGGCGACUGCUUCGGUAUCUUGCCUACCAUGGACAGGCUGCUGCACUGCGGAGUCAUGAGAACAAAGUGCGACGACUGCCAAUUCGUCUGCGUCACGCAAGCGGAUUACUUUCGGAUUCAGCACCAGGGCGAGGAGAACACUAGGCGGCACGAGGAGAACGGCAGGGUGAUCCUCGUGACUGAGCUGCGUGGAGCUCUGGACGGCGCAGCGCGGAGAGGUCACGUAGUGAUCCGUGGUACUCCGGAACGUUUGAUGUUACAGCUCAUCGAGGAGAACAGUAUUACGGACCCCACUUAUGUGGAGGACUUCUUAUUGACUCAUCGAACGUUCAUCGACAACCCGCUGCUAGUCGCGAGUCAAUUGCUGGAGUGGUUCGACCAGGCGCAAGUGCGAGACCGCGUGGCUCGCGUCGUGCUGCUGUGGGUGAACAACCAUUUCACCGACUUUGAGACCGACCCGUCGAUGAUGGAGUUUCUGGAGGCGUUCGAGACCGGGCUCGAGCGGGAAAAGAUGCAAGGCCAACAGAGGCUACUGAAUAUCGCCUGCGCCGCGAAAGCGAGGACGCGGAACGUCACACUGGCCAGGCCGAACAGGGACGAGGUGCUGAACUUCAGCAUCCUGGGCGGCUUCGAGAGGGGCUUCGGCAUAUUCAUCUCAAAGGUCGACAAGCAAUCCAAGGCUGAGGACGUCGGCCUCAAGCGAGGCGACCAGAUCUUGGAGGUGAACGGACAGAGUUUCGAACACGUGAAUCACGCAAAGGCCCUCGACAUCCUCAGAGCCUCCACGCAUCUCAGUAUAACCGUCAAGUCUAACUUGCUCGCGUUCAAGGAGAUGCUGCAGAUACCGGACAACUCACCGCGAUCGCGCGGCAGGGCGAGCAAACCCGAGAUACCUAGGCUUCAGUCGGACCCACGCGCCAGAUUGUCGACGCACGUCGACCCCAUGACCCCCGUGAAUCCGUUGAACCCCCUGAUUGGCGGGGUGCCGUUGUUGAUACCCGACAACAACGUCUCGCCGUGCAAGGACGCGAAGAAGGAGCACAAGGGCUUCAUGACUCUUGGGCCGAAGCGACGGCUGCAGAAGGCGCUCAUGAAGAUGAAUAUACUACCAAAGAACACGAUCAACGACGGCGUGCACGUGGACGACCCACUCGCGCCACCGCACACGCCACCGGGCACUGGCCUCGCGCAGACCACCACGAAUCUCUACCACUCUAAGAGCAAUCCGGACCUCACGUCGCUCUACUGCUACGACGACCUGAGAGCGAACGAUUACCCCGAGCACGUGCUCAAGGUGUACAAAGCCGACCAGACGUGCAAGUAUCUCCUCAUUCACAAGGAGACCACGGCGCACGAAGUGGUGAUGCUCGCGCUCCAGGAGUUCGGCAUCACGGAGAGCAGUUCCAACUUCUCUCUGGCGGAGGUGAGCGUCGGCGAAGGGGGUAUGAUCAAGCAACGUAGGCUACCGGAUCAACUUCAGAAUCUCGCGGAGCGGAUCGGGCUGAGCUCCCGGUAUUACCUCAAGACGAACGGCAUUUCCGAGACUCUGGUGGCCGACGAACAAGCUCCGGAGCUUAUUCGCGAGUCGCAGGUGCAUUUCCUGCAAUUGAACGCAGUGGAAGUGGCGAUACAGCUGACCCUACAAGACUUUAGUAUAUUCAGGCAAAUCGAGUCCACGGAGUAUGUGGACGAUUUGUUCGUCCUGAAGAGCAGGUAUGGCGUGCCUAUGCUCAGUCAGUUCGCGGAACUAGUCAACCGAGAGAUGUUCUGGGUCGUGACGGAGGUUUGUUCUGAACACAAUCUCGUGCGGCGCAGUAAGAUUAUAAAGCAAUUUAUUAAGAUAGCACGUCAAUGCAAGGAGUGCAAAAACUUCAACUCCAUGUUCGCGAUCGUGUCGGGUCUGGGUCAUGGCGCGGUCUCGAGGUUGAGAGCUUCGUGGGAAAAACUGCCAACCAAGUAUCAGAGAUUGUUCAGCGACCUGCAGGAACUGAUGGAUCCCAGUCGCAAUAUGAGCAAGUACCGGCAACUGGUGGCGUCUGAACAAACGCAGCCACCGAUAAUACCCUUCUACCCAGUCGUGAAGAAGGACCUGACCUUCAUAAACCUCGGCAACGACUCGAGGGUGGAAGGUUUGGUGAACUUUGAGAAGCUCCGGAUGAUCGCGAAGGAAGUGCGCACGCUUACAAACAUGUGUUCCUCGCCUUACGAUCUGCUGACCAUGCUGGAAAGAGGCGGGCAACCUCCGAGUUCCGCGAUGGUCGCCCUCAACCAAAUGACCACCGGAAAUCAAGGCGGCCAAACCGCGACGGUGAAGCGGCGCAAGAAAUCGACCGCCGCGCCGAACCCGAAGAAGAUGUUCGAAGAGGCACAAAUGGUGCGGCGAGUGAAGGCCUACCUCGCCAACAUGAAAGUCAUCACGGACGAGGAACGUCUGCAUCAGCUUUCGGUCGAUUGCGAGCCGCACGCGGGAGCUGUCACAGUCGCUGCCGCGGUGCCGUUGGGCGGUAGCAGGGGGAGGCGGCAUCCGUCGCCUACCUUGUCUACCACCAGCAGCGCCAGUAGCACCAGCGAAGGCAGGAAGAGCAUACAAGGUACCAAAUUCGGCGCGGCGUCACCACAAGCAGUGAGGAAGAUGCUGGCUCUGUCGGAUCCUCACAAGACACGACCCUACCAACCGAAACACUGUCCUCCGCCGUUACCUGUGCCCGGACUGGCGUUACAUUCGAGCGGCUUAGAGCCUAGUCCAGGUGCGCCUAGAAGAGUAGGGUCCGGUAGCAGGGUACCGAUGCAUGAACGAUCCCACAGCGACACCCCCGCCAGCCUACCACCGCCCGUCGAUCUCAGUGCGGAGAGCAGCAGCGUAACUAGCUUAAGCAAUCUCCAGCCGCUGAGGAAAACCUUGACGAGCGGUUCGGUGACGAGCAGUGACAGUGGUCAUAGCACUCAGCUGGACAGCCACAGCGGGAGCAGCGUGGAAGCGGGCGGCAGCCCACCGCCACCGCAAAGACGGCACUCCGCUAUGCAAGGGUCUGUUAUAAGGGGCGGAGCGCCUCCGUUUCCUCACGCGGUAGCAGUGUUACCUCCGCUUCCCGCCGAUCAGAAUCACAACCACAAUCAUCACCACCAUCACCAUCACCACCACCACAACCAACAACAUUAUCACGACCAUCAUCAUCAUCAUCACCACCACCAACCCCCGACUCCUCAAGGUUCUAUGGGAUUAGGAGGAGUAAGCAUGGGCCUAGGGAUGCCAGCCCCGCUGCCGCCCGGAGCGGGCACCACGACGAUAAUGACGACGACGAUGAGCGCCAUGGCGGCGGGCAACAUCCCGUCGAUCACAACGAUGCGACCCGGCAUGAGUAGCGGGCCGCAGUGCCGUCAACCACCGGCGUACAAAGUCGCGCAACAGAUGGCGAGAUUGCACAGACUCGGUCGUGCUAACAGCCACGAGGGGGUCACUUAUCGCACCGAUCACGAAGAUGAUGACGAGGACGCCCAAGUGUCGGCGGUCUAAGCGGCCCACACACACACACACACACACAUACACACACACGCGCGCGCGUGCGCGCAUACACACAGACAGACACACAGUCACGCCGAAUCUCUGUCGCUUUGCCCGGUUUAGCUAAUUGCGUCGGGACCGUUUUCUCCCCGCGCGGACCAGAGGAGGGGAGAGUCGCUCCCUCUCCGACUACGUCGUCUUGCACCCCCGAGGCACCGGGCACCCAGGGUUGAGGACGAGGGCGAGGACUCCCAGGUCGUUGUUUCGCGCCCAACACGUAGCGUUCCCGAAACGGUGUGUGUAUGUGUGUGUAUAUGUGUGUGUUCAACGAUCGUUACACACGUCGACCACCACCUUAUCAUCGCCACCACCAUCACCGCCACUCUGUGUCCUCCCUUCGCUCUCCGCGAGCGCCGCGCGGGCCAAUUUCGCGCGUGUGGGCGAAACCCACUUUCUCUUCGACGUCGCCACUGCCGCGAGGAGAGGCGUUUUUAAAAAUUCUUAUUUACCCGGAGAGCGCGCUUGUCUUCCAAUAGUCUCCCCCCAGCCCGCCUACACCACCCGCUCCCAACACACGACGGCGCGCCGUUGAGAAUCUCAAGCGUCGAGGAAGAGGUUAUUUGUACAAUGCGCACCGUUCAACCGGCACUGGAUGGAAAGCGACGAGCGGCCAGCGAGAGAGAGAGAGAGAGAGAGAGAGAGAGAGAGAGAGAGAGAGAGAGAGAGAGAGAGAGAGAGAGAGAGAGAGAGAGAGAGAGAGAGAGAGCCCGGCCGGUUCCCGAGGAUGUACGAGGCAGAGACGGUAGGAGGGUACUUGCUUCUCUUCUCUCUCGUCUUUUCUUUUUCCGUUUUUGUCCUUCUAAUCAGACUGAGGGAACGCUUCUCGGGGCGGGUCUGAUAAUAGGCGCGCGCGCGCGCGCGAGUUCCCAAGGCCGCCGAGAGGAGCGUGAGAUCGAGGAGGAGGGAGAGGAGAAAGAGGUGAAUAGGAGGAGAGAACGAUCGUAAUAUUCUCUAUAGAUGUGUAAUAAAACCGAGUCCAAAGAUGUUAUAUAUAUAUAUAUACAUAUAUACAUAUAUAUAUAUAAUUAUAAACCGCGUGUGUCCGCCAGAGAAAGUACGAGCGACGGCGUGUCCUGUAAUAUAUAAUAGAUAGGCGAACGCGCACCUAGCGUGCGCGUCCCGUAAUAGAGCGUAAGUUGGUGUAAAUAACGUAGCGUUACUUAGCGUUUAGCGUGCAGCAGCAGCGAUGGCGGCGGCGGUCGGAGGAGGGACGACGAGAGAGAGAGAGAGAGGAAAGGUACCCCGCGGAGGGAGGGGAAAUAUUAAGCGCGAAACGUCGACGAGUGCGUUCAGAGAGCAUCUCUCGUGUCCAGCCCUCCCUCCCUCCCUCCCUCCCUCCUUCCCUCUCUCCCGCCCGGCCGACACUGCGCGCAGAUUUAGAGAACUCUAGACGGAAAGAAGAGAAAAAGAGACAGACACCUUCGCGCCUCUUUAUCGAGAUCCGGAGAAAAAAGAAGAAGACGAAGGAAAAGGAAAAAGCGGAGACACGCGACACGAUCGUUUUUACAGACUUGAUAUCUUCGCCGAUUCAGCGAUUUAAUCACACUUUUGUUUUUUAAGCGCCUUGCUUUUACGAGAGACGGAUUCGCCCGAUUCGCUCCCCGCUCAGAUUCACGAACGAUUAUUCGGAUUUUACGAGCCGCAAGCCGGCGGUUUUACUUACCCUCGGCUUUCGUUGCCGGAUUUUAACGUAAUCGCCUGCAAGCCGGUCACUUCUCGAGGACGAACUGCUCAGAGGAGGAGGAGGAGGAGGUUACGAGACAAUUGCUUUUUCCUUUUCUCGCAAACGCGUCACCGCAGACUGUACCCGUUCGUUCGGACCACUUUCUUUUUACGAAACACUUGACGGAUUUUAACUCGCAAGUAAGUUAGUUUCCCCCCUCUUCUAGUUUCAAUCUUUAGUUCACUACGUCGUCAUCAUCAGUUUAGUAUUUUUCGUUGUCUUUUAUCGAUAUCUCGGUACUUUUAGUUUUUAAUUGCGUCGUCCGCGAUGCGCGACGGAAACUUCUUCAGGUCGUAUCGCGUAGAAUUCGAGGGCGAGGGCGAAAGAAGCGAAAGAAGAAGAACGAGAGACAGAGUUCUUCGCUACUUCAUAAGUCGAUGCGAAAGAGAGAGAGAGAAAGAGGGGAAGGGAGAGAAAAGCGAUUUUAUUAUCGUAGAUUUAUUCUCAUGUGUAUUGUGUGUGUGUGUGUGUGUAUGUGUGUGUGUGUGUGUGCGUGUGCGCGCGUGUCCAUUCGGCUCCGACAUUUAGUCUGCUCUCUUUCCCGAUUUGCAGUUUGGAACGCGGUCGAUCCGGAGGAAUUCGUUGCCCCCCUCUCGCCGCGGGAGCUUAACUCUCGGGAGUCGCGCGCAUCGGGGGAGAUUAAUUUUCAGACAAAGUUUCAGACGCACUCCGGCGGAAUGAAUUCUCACAUGGCGGUUAAUUCUCGCGCGAGUUCGCAGACGCAGUUCGGCGGAAGUUAAUUCUCCCAGAUAUCAAGACGCAUCUCGGUGGAAGUCGAGUCGCGGCCGGCAUCGACCGCGUCUCAAAUUGCGCCCGGAAGAGAAGAGCGCGAGUCCAAACCGUAUCGAAACAAAGCGCGUUGCCGCGCGCGUUCCUUAUGCGAGACUCGAGUCCUUUCGCAAGUAUUAGAGACUAAUUCGCGUACGCGAUAGCAAAGAGGGCCUAAUUACCCAGGCACCGUUUUUGCGAUUGCCGAGUAUGCGAAGGAAAAAAGAGAGAGAGAGAGAGAGAGCGAGAGGGAGAGCGUUAGAGUAAGAGAGAGAAUGAGGAGUAUGCGUGAACAUGAGAGAAAGAGAGAGAGAGAGAGAGUAUCGAGAGUCAACACAGUGCUUCUCCGGAUACUCGGAUCUUUAGCGUGAAUUACAUUCCAGAGUUCGUCUCUUCGCGACACUUAUACCCCCCCCUCUCCUCGCGGCAUGCCUUCCACGUCCGACCAUCGCGGAAAGAAGCGAGAUCCACGCGCGCGUCGUCGUCGUCGUCGUCGUUCUCCCCCAUUCAUUUCUCCCCUCCUCUCUCUCGACUGUUCACCGCUCGUUUCCUUCUUAUCAUCGAAAGACCAAUCUCGAAUGAUCCACGAAGACUGUGUUACUCUCUUCGACCAGUAGUGUCCGGUGAUCCCGAAGGAGCGGGAGGGAACGCGAUUCAGCUCGGUCCUUCGGGACGGGAGAUCCGAUAUAUAUGUAUAUGUAUAUAUGCAUAUAUAUUUCGCGUAUUCAUAUUAUAUCUCUUUGUACAUAUCCUAACGACCUUUGAAUAUUAAUAUCCAGCGUUCCCGAGGAGAUUUUUAAGCGUAUCUACCAGAUAAAUUAAGGUUCUUCGUAAUGCAGCAUCAAAAGAAAACCGGAAAAAAAAAAGAGAACCCGCCCGAAUCGUUUUCUUCUUCCUCCUCCCUCCCUCUCUCUCUCUCUCUCUCUCUCUCUCUCUCACUCCGUCCCUCCUCUCCAUUUCCGAUCGCAGAUCGAGUUUUAUCUUCGCGCUCGUCUCGCCAGCCUUGCGCCGUCCUGCGCGAUCGUAGCCGCGUGCCAGGCUCCACGUCAUUCCAUGUUUACGCAUUUACGACUUUUCCGACGGACUGCCGAGGACUUUUCAUCAAUUUUCAUCGGCGCGCUCUCUCUCUCACUCUCUCUUUCUCUCCGUGCAUCUCGCGAGCGCGAAGAACGGGAUUCUCGGCGGAGUAGCGAUGCAAAUUCAGCGUCGAGUCGCGCGAGAGUCUUCUUCCCCUCAGGAGACAAAGCGAAACGAAAUUUGGCCCCCUCGCGAGAGAAAGCAGCGCGACUGCGUGCGCCAAGGAGGGGGAGGGAGGGGAGAGAGAGAGAGAGAGAGAGAGUGUUCGCUGUUCAACGAGUGCAAAUUCAAGACGGACCCGCACCUCUUUCCCUCCUUUUUUUCUCUUUUUUUAUUUAUACAUACAUAUACUGUACGCUUCGUUCUGUUGUUUUAAUUAUUUAUAACCCCGAGAUAUUCGACUAUCACGCGUAUACAGCAAGCAACAGAAAAUCUUUUGUAUUUAAUUUGUUUAAUAAAACUUGGAUCAUAGUACAACGUGCCCCGCCUGUUUGUCCCUUUUGAGUUUCAUUUUCGCUCGCCGACCCCCUCAUCCCCCCCGCCAUCCUCCCCCCGCACCAUGUGUCGUCCAUCUCCCCCGCUCGCGCUUCGUCACCGACGAUUUACACUACAGUACAAAAGCUACGUACUCGAGCGAAAAUUCUUCAAGGUAUACGAUAUACAUACAGGGUGUGCAGAAAGUACCGGCACGGCGGAAUAUCUCGAAAACUGAGCAUUUUAGAAAGAUAUGUUUCGGACAAAAGUUGUUGAGAUUAAUUGCCAGAAAAGGACAAUGUAAUGAAAGACUGGAAUUUCCCUUUGACAAAAGUAAUGAUCAAUGAAUAUCUCGGAAGUGGCGUCACCUGUAAACAAAAUGAUAUAAUUUCCUUAUGUUCCGCUUGAAACCACGCAACUUUUGUCUGAAACAGUUUUUCCUAAGACGCUUAGUUUUCGAGAUACUUCGCCGCGCCGGUACUUUUUGUACACCCUGUACAUGCGUACGUACACAGGGGCUACUUUGGCGUGAAAUGACUCUGUCGCACUGACGUUUCGAGAGGCACGAGUGGCGGGAAGGAGAAGCAUCGCGGAAGAUGUACAGAAAGAGAGUACGUCGCUAUUUUUUCGAGAGAGAGAGAGAGAGAGACUCGCUCUCUCGGCAAAAGCAAGAACGAAAAGAGCGAGAGACUCGCAGAGAGGCCCGCGCGCUAAUUUCUCGGACGUGUCAUUGCGCCUCCCCGGCAACGAGCGCGAGACAAAGCGAGGAUGCGCUUCCCUUGUGCGACACCUGUUCGUUUCUAUCCCCCCUCCCUGAUAUAAAUACAUAUAUAUAUAUAUAUAUAUAUAUAUACACGUGUAUAUUUUGAAAGAUGCGAGAUCGUGUCACUCUGUACAUACGAGACCGGAGUUCUACCUUUCACCCUUCCCGAUUUCCGUUUCGGCUGAUGGACUCUCUCUCUAUAUCUAUCUAUUUAUCUAUCAUCUAUCUUAUCUAUCUACCUAUCUAUCUAACCACCUGCGCGCGCUACGUACGGUAUUUUUAUCGUCUUAGUAACGAUACCAGUGCACACAUCGAAUUUUCCAGUUGAUCGCCUCUCGACGGACCGAAGAGGCCGCGAUGUUCGCGCGCGCUUUCUCGAGCUGCAACAAAGCGCGCGCUGUCUCAGCAGUCUCGCCCGGCAGGUAUUCGCAAGUACCGCGAACGUACUCGCGAGUACGGAUAACAACGGGCUGCCUGAUGAAUUUGUAUAGAGAGAGAGAGAGAGAGAGAGGGAGAGGGAGAGACAAACUCUAUCCGGGUGCGUAACGACGGCACUGAAACAAAGGACCAUGACCAGUUUAUUAAUUUCCCUAGCCGCGCGAAUGCGUUUGUUCUCUCUUCGGGGUCUCUCCCAAGAGAGAGAGAGAGAGAGAGAGAGAGAGAGAGGACGGAGGUCGAAGCGCCUCGGCGAAUAAACACCGCCGAGGAAACGAGGCGCGGCGGCUGUACCGUGCGUAGCGGCUCGUCUGCUGGAACGAAAUUGAUAGUGAUACUACUGCUACUAUUUUGUACGAUACGAUGUUUUGUAUAUCUGUCGACCGUGUGUGUAGAAGCGGAGUCUACCGAUUAUUGUAAGUGGUUAAUUAAGAAGAAUGCUAUAUCGAAUGCAUAUACACAUAUAUAUAAAUAUAAAUAUACACAGAGCGGGCGCCUAAAACGGGCCGCUCGGACAACUUAGAAAAUAGGAAAAACGUUGAAUGCAAAAGCUGCGGGGUUUUAAGCGAGACGCGUCGCAUAGCAGUACUGGUAUGACCUUGAGCAGCGUCAUCGAAGGCGUCGCAGGAAGGGCAUCAUGAAUUGUUUUCAAACAGGAAUUCUCGCUGUUUUAUUUGAUCACCUUUCUCUACCGAUCAAUUUGACCAACUCUUGCCCGAAAAACAUUCUUUCAUUCGUCUAAUAUUUUUUGAGAUGCGCGAGGGAACCUGCUGCUAACUUUGUCAGCAUUUGGCUCACGAUAUCUCGGCGACUAUUUGUCGGGAGAGAAAGCGCUGUGCCAGACCUUCUUACUCCAUUUGGUCUCGAGAAUAUUUUGAAAUUUCUAAGGAUCAUCAAGUUAACAAAAGUUACGACACCAUAUUGCAACAUCAUAUUUUUGGGACCGAAUGGAGCAAAAAAGUCCAAUACCACUUUUUUCUUACAAACAGUUACCGAAAUAUCUUCGUAAGCUAAAUAUUGAAAAAAUUGGCAGUUUUUCAUAAAUACCUCAGGAAAGAUCUCGAGAAAUUUUCAAAGAGAAUUAAGCAAUCUCGAAAAAAUUAAGCGAGUAAGAAAAUCUUUCCGAUAAAUAUCGCUACGCGAUGCGUCACUUAAAACCCUGCAACUUCUUGCAACUCAACAUUUCUUCCUAUCUCGCAUAUUUUCAUAGUUAUUCAGGUGGUCUAUUUUAGGCGCUUCAUCCUGCAUAUAUAUAUAUGUGAUUUAUCAUUUACAGACUCACGCAACUCGACUGCGCCCGCAAAGGGUCACGCGCAUAGAUGUUACAGUCCCAUUUAAUGUACACCUGUAAAUCCCUCCCAGCAAACAAUAUAUGAACAAUUAAAGGAUUGGUAAAGAA